AGGGUGUCAGGCUCGGGCAGUUUUCCGAAGGGAGUCACCGGGGCGCCCCGGCCCCAAGGAGCUGGGAAUGCGGCUGGGGUGAUAAGGACCACGACCACGAGGUGGCCAUUGACAGGGGCGGCCGGGAAGUCACUGGUGAUUUCCUGACCAGUAUUUCUCCCGUUUGGUGGAGUUGGAAGCCGCAUUAAAGUAAAAGGAGUGAGUGGGAGGUGAGGACCCAGCCACAGGGCAGCGCAAACAACUCCUGUUGAAAGUGGCCUUGAAGGGGAAGCCAAAGAUAGGACUGUCCUGGAGGUGGAGUCAAAGAAGUUUCCUUUCUUUUUUAAAGCAAGAAACUAGAAUGUGUUUAGUGCUUAAAGGAAGGAACCAGCCAAAGGAGAGUGAAGAAAAAGUAGAAUGCCUAAUUAUCCCCUCUCCCGGGGACAUUCUGGAGCAAAGUUCCUGAGGAGGUGGAAGGGCGAGCCACCUGAGCUGAGGAGUUACCUUUACAGCCGAGGAGUCUGAAGACCUGCCGCGUGUAAAGGAAAAAACUAGGCCGCGCACCCUGGGCGUCAUGAUCCACCUGCAGGCCUCCGAAGUGCAGCAGCUGCUCCACAACAAGUUCGUGGUCAUCCUGGGAGACUCCGUCCAGAGGGCCGUGUACAAGGACCUGGUGCUCCUGCUGCAGAAGGACUGCCUGCUCACUACCAACCAGCUCAAGGCCAAGGGGGAGGAGACCUUCGAAAAGGACAAGCUGGUGGAUGGAGGCCAGAUGGGCCCCAUGCACAAUGGCGUCCAGUACCGGGAGGUCCGCCAGUUCUGCGACGACCACCACCUGGUGCGCUUCUACUUCCUCACACGCGUGUACUCCCCCUACCUGGAGGCCAUCCUGCAAGAGCUGCAGUCCAGCGAGCACGGCCUCCCGGAUGUGAUCAUCAUGAACUCCUGCCUCUGGGACCUCUCCAGGUACGGCCCGGACUCCUGGCAGAGCUACCUGAAGAACCUGGAGAGCCUGUUCGGGCUCCUGGGCCAGGUGCUGCCCGAGUCGUGCCUCCUGGUGUGGAACACAGCCAUGCCCGUGGGCAAGCAGAUCACAGCGGGCUUCCUGCAGCACAAGCAGCAGCCCGGGGAUGACUCCUUAAGAGGCCAAGUCAUCGAAGCCAACUUCCACAGCUCUACCGAGGCGAAGAAACACGGCUUCGACGUGCUGGACUUGCACUUCCACUUCCGCCACGCGGAGCAGCACCUGCAGCGCGACGGCGUGCACUGGGACGAGCGCGCGCACCGCCACCUCUCGCAGCUGCUGCUGGCGCACGUGGCCGACGCCUGGGGCGUGGAGCUGCCUCGGCGCGACCGCGUGGCCCGGUGGAUCCGGGGAGGACCCGGCGCGGCAGGUGAGAGGCCGGGGCAGGCCAGCCGAGAUCCGCGGGCCUUGCCGCCUCCCAGGGGCAGCCCCCUCCUCCCGAGUCCCCCUCUGCCCCCGCCUCCCCGCCUGCCCUUGCCCCCACAUCCUCCUCCCUAUCCCUUUCAGCAGGCGAUGCCGCGGGUCCUGUGCUAUCCCCAACAUACGUAUUUUUCCUCAGACCAGCCUUUCCAGUCGGAUCAGUUCUCUUCCAACUACUUCCAUUCAGAUGUCCCCUCCCCUACCCAGACAGGAUUUGCCUUUGAAGAUGACUUUAUGAUUGACCCUCAGCCCCCCGUGCUCCCUUUCCCGGUGCCCUAUCUGCGAGCCCCUGUGGUCCAUAGGGGUUUCCCCCGGUACUCGCCUCGCGGCCCCUAUGGGCCCUGGGGCCGGCAGCCGAGAUCUCCCAGGAGACCGGCCCAUUCCCGCCCACAGCCAAGGCCUCAAUAGACCCUCCUCCUGUUCGUGGACGGGACAGAUCCUCUGACUAUCCCGAAACCGACUGACCUUGUUAACUUAAGCCUUUGGUCCGUGCUUGGACUUCUUUUCGUUCACUACUGUCACCGAUAAUGGCAGGGAAGGGCAAUCCCCUCCAUUUUUGUCGGCUCUGGCCUCUUUCCCUAUUCUCUGGGGGUGACCAAGCAUUUUUCC